GAGAGAGAGAGAGGGAGAGCGAGCGGUGGCGGUGGUGGCGGACGCCCGGGGCUCGAGCAGGAAGGAUGUGGAGGGAGAGAAGCGGCCGCCGCGACCCGAGUCAUUUAUAUUAACAAUAGAUGCUGGUAGAAAUGCUGGGAAUACAUAACAGAGUGAAGACAGUCCAAGUCCUAAGCGCCAGCGCCUCUCUCAUUCGGUUUUUGAAUACACAGCAGUAUCUCCUGCCCCAUCACCACCAAUGCGACCAUGGGAGAUGACAUCUAACAGGCGACCUCCCUCGGCUCGACCCAACCAACACCACUUCUCAGGGGAAAGAUGCAACACACCUGCACGAAACAGAAGAAGUCCUCCAGUCAGACGCCAGCGAGGGAGACGAGAAAGGCUAACCAGACAUAGUUCUAUGAGCCAAGAUGAAAAUUAUCACCACCACCCUUAUGGACAGCAACCAGCAGUAGAGGAGCCUAGAGCAUUUCACCCUCCGAAUGUAUCUCCACGAAUGCUGCACCCUGCUGCACACCCUCCCCAGCAGAAUGCUGCAAUGGUUGACAUCCAUGAUCAGAUUCAUCAGGGCACCGUUCCUGUUUCAUAUACCGUUACCACAGUAGCACCACAUGGGAUCCCACUUUGCACAGGCCAACAUAUCCCAGCAUGUAAUACACAGCAAGUUCCAGGGUGUUCGGUUGUAUUUAGUGGACAACAUUACCCUGUAUGCAGUGUACCUCCUCCGAUGCUCCAAGCAUGUUCUGUCCAACAUCUCCCAGUUCCUUAUGCUGCAUUCCCUCCACUUAUCUCAAGUGAUCCGUUUAUAUUACAUCCUCCUCAUCUGUCGCCACACCAUCACCCCCAUGUGCCUCCACCAGGCCAGUUUGUCCCUUUCCAGACACAGCAAUCGCGAUCGCCUUUACAAAGGAUAGAGAAUGAAGUGGAGUUAUUGGGGGAGCAUCUCCCUGUUGGAGGUUUUACCUACCCUCCGUCACCACACCCUCCAACUCUGCCUCCAUCUGGCCCACUCCAGUUCCUACCACAUGAUGCUCUUCACCAAGAGCUGCCCUUUGGAGUAUACUCGUUGGGUGUGUUACUCCUUGAAUCUGUUGGGUUUUCACUGGAAGACUCCUUGCUGCCGUACCCUCACUUCAUGCCUCGAAGACUGACAGGACGCAGGUAUCGUUCCCAGCAACCUUUACCACCACCACCUUAUCACCCCAGCUUUUUGCCAUAUUUCCUAUCAAUGCUUCCAGUACCACCUACAGUGGGACCAACCUUUAGUUUGGAAUUGGAUGUGGAGGAUGGUGAGGUAGAAAACUACGAGGCGCUGCUCAAUUUGGCUGAAAGACUAGGAGAGGCCAAACCACGGGGACUUACAAAAGCAGAUAUUGAGCAACUUCCAUCCUAUAGGUUUAACCCUAACAACCACCAGUCAGAGCAGACGUUGUGUGUAGUGUGCAUGUGUGAUUUUGAAUCGAGGCAACUACUUCGAGUCUUACCCUGCAACCAUGAGUUUCAUGCCAAGUGUGUUGACAAAUGGCUUAAGGCAAAUCGUACAUGUCCAAUUUGUCGAGCUGAUGCUUCAGAAGUUCAUCGUGAUUCAGAAUGAGACCAGACUAAUAGCACAAAUUUGGGUGUUCCUUGUCACUUAUGAAUGAACUAUCCAUUGAACUUGCCUAUUGUGGCUUCCAGCCUUCCCUUUAUAUUAAGGGUCAUGAUGUGAUGCAGUCAUAUGACCUCCCUUUGCACUGUGUGAUUUAAUGACUUAUAAAGCUUAUAUAGUCCUCACGUUGAAACAAUUAUGGGAUUGUUAUACUAACAGUGUGAUUGGAACUCCAAAGAUUUUUUUUUUCAGCUUAAUUUGUGUGUGCACUAACAUUCCCUGGUUUUUGUGUGAUCAUUCCCAGUGUUGCUGCAAGAUUACAGUGGACGUAAUCUUUUAGCAUGUGCGCUUAUUCAUUUAUAUAUACAUAUAUAUAUGUAUGUGUGUGUAUAUAUAUAUAUAUAUAUAUAUAAAUAAAGGUAGUUCAACCAUUUUAGCAUUCUACCUUAUAGAGCCUUCAGGUACUGUGAGUGAGAAAGAUUGUAGGCGUGCGAGUGUUUUAGCCAAAUGUACUUUGUGUGAGAAACUUAGUACUGGCAUGAUGCGAGAUGUAUGUGUGUAGUCUUAAUUAUGCUGAAAUGUAUUCCUGUGUGUUAUUUAUACAGUCCUAGUACUGUACACUGGUUUGUUUCUUUUUGUUUGCGGUUGCACACUGUAUGCAAAGGGUGCAGCAAUUAUUAGAAAUUUUAUUAGCCAGUUGCCCCUUGGUAUUUUGUAAAGGCAGAUUAGAAAAUUUUAUUUAUAACACACCCACAUCUAAAAUAAUAAGGGUGAAAAUUUGUGCCAAUCAAAAUAUGGUAUAUUACUACCCUAAGAACCAAAGCAGUGAGUCUCAAAAGUACUUUGCUAGGAAUCUUGUCAUGUACAAAAUGUGAGAAUCAUAUGUGAGUCUAAUGACAAGAGACUGGGUGUGCUAUAAAAAUACAAUAUGUUACAAAUUGUCAUUGGCAUGUCAAAUAAUAUGGGUCCUCGUGUGUGAAAACAAAACCCUCGUCGCGUAUCUAGACUUAAACUGGUUUGUUCAGUUACUCCAGUGCUCCAAAAUACGUCUCCCGGUAUCAUCUUCAGAUAUUCAUGGAACCGGCCAUUUUAAUUAACUCCCAUUUGUUAAGCUAAACUGAAGCCCGUUUUGAGAGUACUUAAUUCAAGUUCAGCGCAAACUGAAUUGUGUUACCAUUUUGCUACCAGCCUCCAACUCCCAUUUCCUCCAUUGUGAUUUAAUGUGUACUAAAUUUCUCUUUCAUUCCAGCACAGUUCCUUUUAUUUUUAUCAUUUUGCAGGAUCUUGCUCUGGCUUUUUCUCUCUGUUUCUCAGAAGGUGUACAACAUAACAGCACAGGUUAGAUUUAUAAUAUUACAUUUUAUUUUAAUUUUCAUCAGUCUUAGCAACGAAAGGGUAUUUCCCAUUAUUUGUUCUGGAAACUGACCCCAAGUAAAGCAAAUUAUUCUUAUUAAAUAAGAAGGGUUAGGGACAGAAUUAAGCACAAGGGUUUUUAUUUUUAAAUAUUGCAGGAGAAAACAAUGAGUAGUUAUUAGAAAAUACGUCUAUUUUGUAGUAGUCAGACAACCAUUGACAAUCCAAAGAACUCUUUGACAUCAAGUACGUGUAUUUGAUUCAAUUUUAUAGCAAAUUUUGUAACAAUAUUUUUAUAGUGCUACAAUAGGGAUUGACAAUGGUAGUCACAAUGGAUAGAAACACUUUCUGGAGAAAUUAGGGCAGAUGCGGAUUUGUAGUGACAGAAAAAGAUUGUAGCUGUAUUUUGAUCCUCCCUUCUUCCCCCAAGAUUGUAUUUAUUCAGUGGUCAGGCACAAAUUCACACUGACGUUCUGCCAUUUUUCUGUUAGGAAUUGAAUCGAAUGUUUGAUUCAAAUAUUGAUUGAGGUCAACAUGUUUGUUAGCUGUGGUAUCGGAUACAUGAUUUGCUUAAUAGAGAUAAUCGAGGAGCAAACCAUUCUUAAAAACAUGGAUGAAGUAACUUCUUAGAAUUGUGGAGUGUUCAAGCUGGAUUAAGAACCUAGUAGUGCCACGAGAUUCGAUUCACCCGACAUCUGGGCGUUACUGGAAUUGGACACAGAAUGGGAGCGAAUUUUGUUAUUUACAAUUUGGUUAUGUGAUUUACAUGUAGUUGUAAUCGGGCCCUUUCAAACUGUACUUUCUCACUUCUAGUCCAGAUCUAGUGUGUGCACCCACUCUGAACUGGAAGUAACCCUUCCCUGGCUUGUCGGGUUGCUUUUGACAUCACUUUCUGCAUGUCAUCACUUCCUGCUCUGCCUGCUACCCCCAGGCGUUACCGUUGACAUCAGUUGGCGAAGGAAUUGGUGUGAGCAGUGUUUCCUUUCACAGGGCACAUGGUGUCGACAGCAACCUGACCACCACCAACUCCGGCAGAUUGCAUUUAUAUAGCGAGUGUCAUGUCGGGAGGAUGUCCCAAGGCUCUGACUACCAUAAGCCCAUCAUUUCUCUCUAUCUCGCAUAUAAUGUGGGUGGUGAGAUUUUAGGACCAGCCACAAGGUUUCCCACGAUCUCAUAGAAAUCUACAGCACAGAAGGAAGCCGUUCGGCCCAUCAAGCCCACAGCUCACAGACCAAGGAGGUUGUUUCAAUCCCAAUGGCUCCCUUAUCCUCAAAUCCCUUCAAGUCCCUCUCUUUCAUAUGCCUGUCUGCUUCCCUCUUGAAAGCUACAAAGGUCUCUAUGCUUCCAUCACCCAACUCAACAGGUCAUUCCACAUCCCAACUACUCUGGGUGAAAAAUUUCCUCCUAAGUUCUCCUAUCGCUCUUCUUGUGGCGAUCUUAUAACUGUCCCCUUGUUACUGACUUCCCUAUCAGUGGAAAUAACUUCUCUCUAUUUAUCCUAACAACACCCCUCAUGAUUUUGUACAUCUCAAUCAGGUUCCCCUCUCGAUCUUCUCUGGUCCGACGAAAACGCGACCAGCUUCUCCAAUCUCUCUUCAUAACUGUAGCCCUUCAUCCCUGGAAGCAUUACAUUUCACAUGAGUAAUUUGCAAAAAAUAAUUACAGCCUAUGUUAAUUUAAGAUUUGUGCACCAUUGCCUAUCUGAGCAUUAAUUCAUAUCCUGUCUGCGGUGUUUGUAUGUAUCCUGCUGCUUCGCUCUGCAGCGUCACUUUCAUUCUACAGAAAUAGUUGAAUUGCUUUUUUUGUUUGAAACUUGCUGUUAUAUUAGAGUAAUUGGAGCACUUUUCACACAGAUGUAGAAGAGAAGACAUUCAAAACAAAGAGCUAUUAGUACUGUUAGAAUGUUGUUUUUGUGUUUCACAUUACGCUAAUAUUGCCAAACAGUGUUAAUUUUUUCACACUUUGCUGCUGAUUGUGAGUUGAAGGCUGUUUAUAAGAUAUAUCCGGCAUUUCUAAAAGACCUAACUGUCAAACUGCACGGACAACUAAAAUAUAUUUACCGAGGAUAUAAUUGUUUAAGUCUGCAUACAUAAUGAGCAUUUUAAUCGUGACUAAUCAUGCAGGAAUACAGAUUAGGUGGUUGAAAUGAGAAGCAUUAAGGACGUGUAGAAGAGGGUUUUAAAUAUUGCAUGAAAAGUUUUUAAUCCGUAACUUGUGUGACCUUAAAGUCAAGUAUAUUCAUGACAAAUUGUUCUUAUUUAAAUUAUUUAUAUGACCUAUCAUUUAAGAAUCAUGAAAAUAAAUUGGAAUUGCAGGUCUUUUAGAAAUACUUGAUUGUAACAGUUCAGUAGCAGAAUUUUUAAAAAAAACUAUUGGGCACUGAAAGAGAAAGUAUAGUAAGAGUUAAAUUGAGGGCUGAGCGUUCCUUAAAUUAUUAGUCACUUCAUAUUUAAUACAAUGUCUGUGAUAUUCAUCCGUUCAAAGAAAUUUCCUUUGUAAUAUCUAUAGAAAGGUGCGACUUCCAGCCCUGGAGCAUAUUUGAUGUUUUAUAGAAGACAUUAUCCAUUUUUUCCUACAAUAUUACCAGUUUAGAAAAUGUUACUUCAGUGCAUAAGUAAAACAUCUCACUCCUGCAAGGAUCCGCCGCUUUAAUGCUGAAACGGAGAAUCAACCACAGUAUUAAUUGGCAAAAACAAACCAAGGGUUUUAUUAUUCACACAGGCGUUAAAUGUACUAGUUACCUGGACUCCCAUUAGAAAAGUAAAAUUAAAAUGUUCGGGGUGGGGGUUGGAGUAUUUUUUUUGUUUUUUGAAGGGAAUAAUUUCACAUAACUUGGUUCAAUAACGAUUGGGAGGUGGUACAGUAACAGUUAGGUUUAGGUCUGAUUAUUGGCAAAAUUAAUUGUUGCACUCUUAAUGCUAACCACUUUUGAAAUGUUUCUUGUGUUGUUUGCAUGGAGACUCUAGGGCAGAUGUGUGCAGACUUUGCUUUCUGUGGUCAGUGUGUAAUAAGCACAUGUGCAUGUGUAUCAAACCAGCUCCUACCGGCUGCAGCUUUUUCUGCCCGACUGGGGUUGGUUUGGGUGGGAAAGGGGAUUCAUGCUCAGCUGUUAACUGCCAUGAAUUGUAAUGUGCAUUUAUGUAUUUAAUCCCACAGUCUGUAUGGUGGAAAAGAACAACGACAUACAGUAGGAUUUGUUGUGUGUUGGUUGGCCCUCACUAAUAUUGGGUUUACCAAUGUGUCCAGCUCACCAUUUUGUGUUUGCAUGAGUUUUGGUGGAUAGUUUUGAAACAUGUUAAUUGUAACCAAAUUCAGCAAGACCUAGGGAUAGCCCAAGUUUUACUCAUCGUUAUUUUGACAAACUAUAACACUAGACUGCUCAACUGGUAAAUGUUUACUCUACUGAUUUUCUUUUUAAGAAUUACUCUCACUUCAACAAUGAUAGGUACAAUGUCAUUGGUUCUGAAUUGCUGGGGUUUCAAUAGCAGUCUUCCCAUUGAGGAAUAAAAAAAUAUGAAGCACAUACACUCUGGAUUAUCUUUAGGUCUUAAUGGAAAUCUAGUGGGGCUUUUCUUUGGUACAUAUACAGUUACCUCAUUUUGCCACUUACGUAUUUAAAAAUCACAAAUGAAUCAGAAAAAAAGCAAAUGGAUUUUGUUGGAAUCAUUUCUGAGUGUUUCAUUGAAUCAUACACACUAUUGUAUCAUUUAACAUGACAAGUAGUUUUCAGUGUUGUAUUAUAAAUCUAUCUGUAACCAAAUCAUUUGAAGGCUUGAUAAAUUUUUAACAAAAUUUGUACAUUUUUUAUGAAAGUUACUAGUAAUGCUUUACUAAGUAGUGCAAUGAAUUUUUAUUUUUAAUCCCUGUGCCCAAUUUUGGAGUUGAGAGGGUUGUUCAUUAAUAAAUGUAUGAUGUAUACUUA